AUGUCUGGUAGAGGAAAAGGAGGAAAAGGAUUAGGAAAAGGAGGUGCUAAGAGACACAGAAAAAUCUUGAGAGAUAACAUUCAAGGUAUCACCAAACCAGCAAUCAGAAGAUUGGCAAGAAGAGGUGGUGUUAAACGUAUUUCAGCAUUGAUUUAUGAAGAAAUUAGAAUUGUUUUGAAACAAUUUUUGGAAAAUGUUAUUAGAGAUGCUGUCACUUAUACUGAACACGCCAAGAGAAAGACUGUUACUUCAUUGGAUGUUGUUUAUGCUUUGAAGAGACAAGGUAGAACCUUGUAUGGUUUCGGAGGUUAA